GGGGAGUCUGAGUGAAAACAUCGAAACUUUUAGGAUAUAAUUGAAUGCAAACCAGACCAAUUCAUAUCAUAAGUCACUGUGAAGUUAAAGUUAACAUCUUAACAUUUUUAACAGCUUCAAAUCUUGUUUCUUUGAGUUCCAAGUGUAUUAAUUGGAUUAACAAAUAAUGCCUUUCAAGCCAGUUGAACAUCCUAAAUGUCCACGAUGUAGUAAGUCUGUUUACGCCGCAGAAGAGGUUCUUGCUGGUGGAUCUAAAUGGCACAAGGGUUGCUUCAAGUGUGGCCUUUGCAACAAGAGACUCGACUCGACCAACUGCACUGAACAUGGACCAAAUGAACUUUACUGUAAACAGUGUUAUGGUCGUAAAUAUGGUCCUAAAGGUGUUGGUUUCGGAGGUGGUGCCGGUUGCUUAAGCAUGGAUGUUGGUGAACAUCUUGGUAACACUGAAUCUCAAGCGUCGAAUAAGCCACAUUAUGCGCCAUCCGCCAUCUAAAUUCAACUUAAUUAGUUCAUUACUUUUGCUUCCUUAUGUGUCUGUCUAUCUCUCGUUAUAAAUCAUUUAUAUUAACCCUUCAAUGUAAAUAAAGUCCACUUUAUCUGUACUUUGGUUUUGUUGCAACCAAAUUGUAUCCGUUUAUCAACAUUAUUUUGCAAAAAACAAUUUUGACGGAACUGGAUUGUGAUUUCAAUCUUCCUUGACCAACCAUUUGACUGUCUUUACUUUACUUUAUGGGUUUAUUCAAGAAAUGUAUCACAACUUGAGACUUCAGGAAAACCAAAUGGUAGCUCAUAAAAUCAACUGGAAAGUAUUGCACUGGAACCAACUUUGAAAUAAACAAUUGAUCUGUUGGAAGACAAGAUGUUAAUCUUAAUAAUGUAUCUUGAGGUUGAUUAAUAAAAAAAGGAAACUAUUUA